GGCACAAAUUGCUUUCCCAUUGGCAACAACACCAAGAUAUUUUCCUUGAAGCAAUUAACCAUUUCACUCUCUCACCCCUUCAAUUCCCCAAGUAAUCAUCUUUCUUUCUAUACAACAUCAAAUCCCUAAUAAUCAAUUCCCAUAAACCCUCCCUCCAUGGCUGCAAUCUCAAUCUCUCACUCUCUGCACAGCACCAGGGUUUCACAUCUGCAACUCUACACCAAAAGAUCAUUCAUCUCCGCCGUUUCUUGCCGGACCGGCGACCCGCCGGAGCCUUUGAAACCCAGAACGCACAAGGAAAAGAAGGGCAAAACAUUGGCAGUAGUAGAGAUUGUUGGUGGGGUGGAAAAGCUGGGAAAAUGGUUGAAGGAUAGUUUGGGUCCAAAGAAGAAGGGUGACUGGAAGGACUUGGCACUGAUGAGCCUGUCAUUUGCUGUAUAUGUGUAUAUAUCUCAGCAGAUAGUUUGUGCUUAUUGUGCUUGGAUGUCCUUGCUCAAGCAAUCUUUGUAGAAUAUAUGUUAUAAGAUUGAUUCAUCAAAGUCAUAUGUUUAUUUUACUGUGUUUUUAUGAUGAGGUCUUCUUGUUUGAUUUGUAAACAGAAGCCUGCAGCAGUGUAUAGUUGAAGUCUACAAAGCUAGGGUGGUUGCAGAUUAAGAACAAUUAUGUGUUCUUUUAAUGCAUAUAUCACACUUAUGUAGUUUUAUAUGUAUAUGAAUACAUAAAUGUGUAAAAUAGUGAAAUUAGAUCUUAAUUUUACCUGCUUAUGGCUGA